AUGUGCUAUUCUGCCAGGGGUGACGAAGGGCAGGUGAUCCUAAGCUGCUCGCAUGUCUUUCACACCCAAUGCUUUCGCUCUUUCGAGCGAUACGUGCGAGCUCAGCAGAGAGCGGAUGCCCUUGGAGUUGCUGUGGCUACCGCACCGUUGGCGUGUCCAGUGUGCCGCACUCAGAACUACCACAAGCGCAUCUUUUACGAAGGAAAAGCAGUAGCACAGCGGGCGGCUAUCGUCAAGGUGCAAGCCGCUGUCCGCGGCCUCCUCGCGCGGCGCGCUUACACCAAGCUAAGACUCAAGAACAACCGAGAGUUUCGCACACACUACGUGCAGGAGCGCCUGGCUCGCCUGUCUGCAGCGUGGGAAGCGUUUUGUGCACAGCAAGAGCAAAGCCGAGUGGCAGUGGAGGCGGCGCUCGCGGUGCAGCACCAGGCGGCUAGGGCUGCCUGCCUGACUGAAGAGGCAUGGGCGGAACUGUGGAGGAAGGCGGUGCAUGACCCGUCUGCCUCAAGCGAAUCUGGAAGUUUGACAGCUCCGGCUACUGCUGGUGUGUCUGUGCAGUGCCCCAUCUGCCUGGAGCUGAUUUACUGUUCGCACUGGCCUGGCACAAGGGCGGCCUCAUUUCAUGCUGGUGGGGUGCGCAAGUUGACUGGUGAGGAUGCUGUGGCGGCGAUGCGAAUGGCCUACGAAGCUCGACAAGCAGCAAAGCGUGUUCAGCCACUCGAAUUGAAGGCGAUCAGGAAGUCAACUGGGAUGCCUAUGGGAGGUGCGGUGAAGGGCGCGGUGUCACGCAAGGUGAGUAACCCAUCAACGGCUGAGCCUGGAGCUACCUGUUUGGUGAGAGGUGGGAAAGUGGUCUCACGGCGCGUAACACAGCACCAGGCAGGGCACCAGAAGGGAUCUGCUCAAUUGGCAGCAGCCGCACCACGGCCUGAGCAUGAGACUGCAUUCACUGUGCUGUCGUCUGCCAAGGUAGUAGACGCUGACAGCGCGAACAAGGCUGCAUCGAUUCUCCCGCAGAGCGGCGUCCUGCUUAGUUGUGGUCACUACUUCCACGCCGCGUGCAUUAAAUGCUACGAACAGUUCAAUGAGCGGGGUUCUUUGAGAGUAGACGAGCAACCUGGCCAGGCUGUCGCCAUUGUUCUGAAUCGCUGCCCCAUCUGCCGCUCCGGCUAUGCAAAGCAUCCGAUGUAA